UAACAGUUUUAGCCUUUGUAGAAAUAUUUAAUGGUUUUGCUGUAUUUCACCGUCAUGCUUUGAGUUGCAUCUCUGGGCUAACCACACAGCUGCAUUUCCUCUGCAGCCUACCACUCAACCUUUCAACAACUGAGCGGAAAGUUUCUAUCUAUUCUCCUUGAAACCACAAACGCCCUCCUCCUUUCAUACCAGGUGACAACUCUUUUGACACUUUUGAUCCUGAUAAACGCAACACCACAACCACAUGUCGUUUAGAUGCCCUUGUCUGUAGGUGAAGAGCAGUCGUGUCAUUAAUCAGCUGAGUUCAUUUUCACGUCCAGGAGAGUAUCAAGAUGAGGACAAGUCACAUCGUUCUGCUGUGCAUCUUGGGAGCUGCACUGCUUUCUUCAGUGAUCUGCAAGAAUGAAAUUGGUCCUGACGACUGCUGUUUCACUUUCUACCCAAGAAGACUGAGAAAAACCUUAAUCCGCUCAUAUUACAUGACUGACUUUCGCUGCCCAAAGACUGGAGUCAUUCUGGUUUCACAGAAGUCCCGUCACAUCUGUGCAGAUCCGAAUCUCUCCUGGGUUGGGAGCAUCAUACAAAGUCUGGAUGAAAACUCCAUCUGCCAGCAGAUGGUGCUGCAGGAGAGUAUCAAGAUGAGGACAAGUCACAUCGUUCUGCUGUGCAUCUUGGGAGCUGCACUGCUUUCUUCAGUAAUCUGCAAGAAUGGACUUAAUCAUAACGACUGCUGUUUCACUUUCUACCCAAGAAGACUGAGAAAAACCUUAAUCCGCUCAUAUUACAUGACUGACUUUCGCUGCCCAAAGACUGCAGUCAUUCUGGUUACACAGAAGUCCCGUCACAUCUGUGCAGAUCCGAAUCUCUCCUGGGUUGCAAGCAUCAUACAAAGUCUGGAUGAAAACUCUUUUGAACCAGCUGCCCCUCCAUCCGUCUUAAAUGUUACUAAUGCUUUUAAUAUGGAAAUCUGUUGAUUCUGUAUGAUUCAA